UGGAAGGUAGAAAAUUCAGCAGUUGUAGAAGUUCAGACGCAGAAAGGCGUAAAUAUCAGCAUCGUUGGUAGUAUAUCUCCCUUUGGCACCGUUUUUUUUUUUUCAAAAUUUCCUGGAUCAUCUCUUUCAGAGAAAAGAAAAGCUGAGAGCAAAAGCGAAUCGAAGCCAAUCCAGCUUAAAAAAGGUACAACGGCUUACCACAUUGUCAAAUUUAUGGAAUCAGUAAUGUAUAUUUCAGAUAAACACAACAAAAAAGGUAUGUUUAUUGUCAUGGACAACUGUAAGAUCCAU